AUGCAUAUUACCAGUAAAACCAAAAUUUUUUUAGCAAUUUUAUUCAUAUUCAUUCUACAUAUUAACACCGUUUAUUCGCACCGACAUCAUCAUCAUAAUUAUCGAAAUAAACAUAAGAAUCAUAAAGACCAUCACAACGAUACUGGGAAAUAUAAAGACCAUCACGAUGAUAAUGGGAAACAUAAACACCAUCACGAUUAUGAUGGGAAACAUAAACACCAUCACGAUGAUGAUAGGAAACAUAAACACAAUCACGAUGAUGAUGGGAAACAUAAAGACCAUCAAGAUUAUGUUGGGAAUCAUAUAGAUUAUCAAGAUAAUGUUGGGAAACAUAGAGACCAUCAUGGUCAUCAUAUUGGAAAACAUGAUCAUGAUGGCUUUUAUCCAAAGCAUUAUUACUUUCACCAUUAUUAUGAGCCUGAUAGAACUAUAGUUUGUGGUGAUCUUUGUUUUAUAAGUAGAUGGGUAAAAAAUGGUGGCUGGACCAAAUUGUCGGACCUUGAAAGUGAAGGUCAUGAUGUAUUACCGGUAUAUAGUGAUAAAGAUAUUGUUGAAAAUUUUAAAGAUUCAGAAAAACAUUAA